UCUCGUCUUUUCUUCAAGCUGUAUGAAGCAAAGCAGCAAGUGGUUGAAUUCAAUUUGUAUCACUGUGAGUGUGGCUGAGGUACCGUUUCGGAAGAAAGCCCGGCAGUUCCUCUGAUGUCUUUCCAGGUCCUGUCAAUGUAGGAUGGCCCAGCCCUGCAAUGUGCUCUCGAUCCCCAGCCUGGAUGUGGAGAACCUUACCCUGAUCAGAGCCAGCUCCGGGGCCUGUCUGAGAGGUCAGCUCAGAGGUCACGGACGUCAGGUUUCCAUUAAAGUGCUGACCGUCCGACACGCUACAGAGAGCGACUGGACUGAGCGCCUCAAGGAGAUCACGCUGUUGUGCCGGGUCCGAUCGGACCGGGUCAUGGUUCCUCUCGGGAUCUAUCGCUCCAGUCUCUUCCUGGGCUUGGUCUCCGAGUGGAUGGGCGGUGGCUGUCUACACUCCCUCUUGUAUGAGUGCCAGCUAUUUCCUGAGUUGCCCGUGCCACUGCUCCUCAGAAUUCUAUUGGAUGUUGCUGAAGGGGUGUGUCACCUGCACAGCCUGACUCCGCCUCUUCUUCACCAGGCCCUUAAGUCUAGCAACGUCCUGCUCGACACGCAGAACCGGGCUAAGGUGUGCGACUAUGGGCUGUCUCAGUGGAGAGCCUGGAAUCUGCAGUCAGUCCCUGCAGACUACAGUGGUCUGUGCAGCGAAGACCUGGUCUAUUUAUCACCAGAGACCUUGCGAGGCGAGGCACCGUCUGCAAAGGGAGACGUAUACAGUUUUGCUGUGCUCAUGUGGGAGACCCUCAGCAGGAGAAGGCCAUAUCAAGAUAUUGGUCAGCCCCAGGAUCUGGUCUCAUCAGUCCAGAGCGGAGCACGUCCCGAUACUGGGGAGGAGUUUAUACCUUCUGCCGUGCCUCAACGAAACUCCCUUAUCCAGCUGAUAACAAAGUGCUGGCACCCUGAUCCACACACCAGACCUCAGAUCAGAGAUUGUGUCCUGGAGCUGCGCAGAGUUGUGGAGAUGUUUCACCCUGACACACUUUCACAGGCUGCCCUCUGGCUGAAAGAAAUGAAGGAGAGGGCUCUAGAGGGCUGCAAGGACCAGCUGAUCCAUGCGCUACAGAUCGAGAUCAACAAUCUGGAGAUUUCCAGUCGGAAUCCCAAAAAUGCUGGAAACAAGUCUGUUCCCAUGGAAACAGUACAGAUGUUGACAUCUGCACCAGUGGGCCCUGACCCACACAGGACAAGCCCAAAAACACCCCCAGUCCCCCAGAUGGGGCGGGGUAUUCCCCUGGAGGCUGCGUCCCAGAGAGAGAGCUGUAGCUUUGCCACUUCUCUACCCAGCAAGCCAGCCUGCUCCAGAGUUGAUGGAAGGGAGCGACAGAGCAGCCCAGGCAGGUGCUGUCCUGGACAGAGCCCUCCACCCCCACCCCUGCACCAAACAGACUCCUUCAGCCAGCCUGAACAAUGCACACUGGCGUGGUUUCCAGAGAGGAGCUGCUGCCAGAUCCUGCAGGACAGACGGGGGUCCAUCGUUCGGGGGAUGACGGAGGGGAGGUUGAACUACGUGCUGGACAGGCUGCGUUCACGGCAGGCGCUGGCCCGAGAGGACUACGAGUACAUCACGGCUGCCCUCACGCUGGCGGCCCGCACUCGCUGCCUGCUGGACACUUGCCUGUGCCUGGGAGAAGGGACGGCUCAGCUGGUAGUGCAGGCCCUGGGCCUGGGCUUGUCCAGGGGGCUGUGCCAGUGAGAGGGUCGAUGGGCUGGGUGACUGAAGUCGCAGGAGCAGGCUGUGUCGGGGAGGGGGGUGAAUUGACCCUGGGAUUCAAAUGGAAAUGCAAUCGUGCGAUAUCCAAACUUGCGACUUGAAAGUUCUCAUUUAUAACUGGAUAAUGAAAUUGACCCUGGGGUUCAAAUGGAAAUUCAAUCGUGCGAUAUCCAAACUUGGUGAUUGAAAGUUCUCAUUUAUAACUGUGUAAUGAGCAGGGUUUCAAAUUACUGAAACUAUUUCAAAUACAUAAUAAUACAAGUGUUGUAAUUACAGCACACACAUUUACAGCAAAGGCAAGACAAAGAAACAUCUUAGGCAGACGUGGGUCUGCUUGGGUUCACUUGUCAAAGCGUUUUGUUUCAUGUUAAUAUAUUUAAAUGCAUUUGUUAAACCAUCACAGUUGAAGUAGUUUUUAUAAAACGUUAUAUUUUGUUGUGUCGUGUAUAGUAGUUAUAUCUACUGGCAAGGCUGAUUAGAGCCUCAUCUCUUGAGUGUUUUGGUUCUGGUCUUCUCAUGUUAAUGACCAUAGCCAAAGGGGCAGGAGUUUUAUAGUCAUUAACUUAAAAUGUAAUAAAUAUUCAGCGUUGCUAACAAA